AUGCUUAUUAAUUUGCAGAGUGUUCGUCAGUAUUUAACUGAACUUCGAAAUUCAGGAGGAUUACAUAAAGACCAAGCCGAAAAGUACCGUAAUGUAUUGCUAGAGAUACUGAAACACCCAGAAGGUGAACUCGCAGAAUGUCUAAAAGCAUUUGUAGAAGCAAUUGUUAAUGAAAAUGUGAGCCUGGUAAUAUCCCGUCAUCUUCUCACUGAUGUCAGUACACAUUUAGCUUUAUUACCGGACAAUGUUUCGCAAGAAGUAUCACACUUUGCUUUGGAUGUGAUUCAACCAAGGGUCAUAUCUUUUGAAGAACAGGUUGCUAGCAUUAGACAACAUUUGGCUGACAUAUAUGAACGCAAUCAAAAUUGGAAAGAAGCUGCCAAUGUUCUAGUUGGUAUUCCACUGGAGACAGGACAAAAACAAUAUACAGUAGAUUAUAAAUUAGAAACAUAUUUAAAGAUAGCAAGACUGUAUUUAGAAGUUGAUGAUCCUGUGCAAGCUGAGGCAUAUGUGAAUAGAGCCUCCUUAUUGCAAGCAGAGACUACCAACGAACAACUGCAAAUAUAUUACAAAGUUUGCUAUGCCAGAGUUUUAGAUUAUAGGAGGAAAUUCAUAGAAGCAGCACAGAGGUAUAAUGAAUUAUCAUACAGAAAUAUAAUACAUGAGGAUGAGAGGAUGACUUGUUUAAGAAAUGCACUUAUUUGCACAGUUCUAGCUUCUGCAGGACAGCAAAGAUCUCGAAUGUUAGCAACUUUAUUUAAAGAUGAGCGUUGUCAGCAACUGCCAGCGUACUCUAUACUAGAAAAGAUGUACCUCGAUCGGAUCAUUCGUCGCUCUGAGCUACAUGAGUUUGAAGCUUUGAUGCAAACUCACCAGAAGGCAACGACCUCGGACGGGUCGUCGAUCCUGGACCGCGCGGUGUUCGAGCACAACCUGCUGUCGGCCAGCAAGCUGUACAACAACAUCACGUUCGAGGAGCUCGGCGCGCUGCUGGAGACGCCGCCGGCGCGCGCCGAGCGCAUCGCCUCGCACAUGAUCAGCGAGCAGCGCAUGAACGGGUACAUCGAUCAGAUCAGCGCUGUGGUGCAUUUUGAGACUCGUGAAAUCCUACCGCAAUGGGACAAGCAAAUUCAAAGCCUGUGCUACCAGGUCAACGGUCUCAUAGAGAAGAUCGCGGCCGCCGAGCCCGAGUGGAUGGCCAAGCUCAUGGAGGAAGAAAUGAUCCAG